CUGCUCCAGGGCCAUGUCCACACCCAAACACGGUAGCUCCUGAUACCUGCCGGCUCGUGCUCCCUUCAAUGCAGCUUCAGAAGGCGAACAGCAAUUUUUGGACCGCAUUGAGCACUUCCAUACGGCCCUGAGACGGUUUGUGCAUCCGCAUUGCUUAUUCUAUUAUUCUCUUGUUUUUUUUCUUGGUUUCUGCCCCCUUGACUAUUUAGCCUUCAGCUUCGUCCUCCGUCUUUUGCUCCGGGGUACCAAGAUCAUCCCCCCGUCCUCUUUGUCACCUAUCGUGGGAUACAUCUGUGACCCCAUAAGGCUCAUACAUGAUAUUACUGUCUGGCAUAUCUUAUAAGGACUCGUGGUCAUCGGCAAAGUCCUGCAGACCGCUCAAGACACAUCAGAAAACCUUGUGGUGUCCUGGUAGGGCGACACGCCGACGCGCAACAAUCUUCCUCCGCGCCGCCGGACGUCCGUCUGUGUCUUCUGCCGCUUGUGGCAUUCUGAAUACCCUCCGGUACGAUCCGGCACGAUGAGCAGUAGCUCAGGAGAUCCGGGCCGCUCGGCCCUUGGUCACUCGCCCAAACAACAGGAAAAGGAGCAGCAAAGGCAGCAGACGCUCCCCGUGGAUGGCCCUGCGCAGGCCAUCAUCUUCGACCCCAAAGAACACUCCCAUCUGACGCCCUACCUGGCCGGCCUCCACGCCCAAUGCAUCACCCGUGACCUCAUGACCGGGAGCUUCCUGCCCCCAUUGGCUAAUGACAAGCUCCUUAACUACUGGAAAGACAGGAUGGCCGAGGCCAAGGAGGGCACGAGGGUUAUCAUCCUGCUGCUGGCAGGAGUAGCACCCGCGGCCAGAGUGCAGGGUGACAACCUGGUUGGCGUCGCUAUGUUGGCAACUCCACACUCACCAUCGGGCCCCUUCCGUGCCCAGGUCCAACAUCUUCUAGUCGCCGCAAAGUACCGGAAAAGGGGAGGCUCUGUGACGUUGAUGAACGAGAUACAUGGGCAAGCGAUACUUAGAGGCAGGACACUCUUGACGGCGCAGACAGAGAGCGGAAGUAUUGCUGAGAAAGUCUUCAAGAAGUUGGGGUACGUCGAGAUCGGAAAGGUGCCUGGUCACAGCGUCAAUGCUUCUGGUGAGCUCAAAGACGUUGUAUUUUUCUACAAGAGACUCAACACCGAGGCUUAAUUAGUAUUGGUGGCUCGUGGGUCGGGGCCUCGACGCGCAAAAGUCCACCCGCGCUUCAUUACAACCGUAUUCAGGAAGAGCCCCUUCGAGAAAGCCUGGGCAAGUUGCCCGAAUAGUAUUUGACUUUGGGGGGUGGAUGGACAGCCAUGAGUUGAGGCCAGGCUACAAUGAAGCUUUAUUGUCAUGGUGUUUGGCCGGUGGAACCACAUGGUGUGUGGACUCGCAAGCUGUCCACGAGCAAUGUUGGCAUGGAAAAGGGCGGCCAGCCUGGCGUGUCACC